AUGUUUAUUCUCUCACUCUCUCCUGUUAUUUGGAAAAAAUUGCAUGAUUUUAGUGAACGAUGUGAUAUACCAUCAUUUAUCGGACCGAAACGUUUCCGUCCACCAGCAUUAACAGUAAAUGAUCUAUCUGAUGAUCUCGAUGCUUUAUUUAUUUCACAUAAUCAUUUUGAUCAUCUCGAUUAUCCUAGUGUAAAAAGUUUAAAUAAACGUUAUGGUGAACGACUAACUUGGUUGUGUAGUGGAGGUACUCGGCAAUGGUUUCCCGAUAAUCAUGUAACAAAUGUUGUUGAACUCGAUUGGUGGGAAGAGUAUCAUUUUUCUAAAAAAGAAGUGAACAUUGCAUUUUGUCCAGCUCAACAUUGGAGUCGUCGAACUAUAUUCGAUAUGAACAAAUCUUUGUGGGGUGGUUAUGCUAUCUGGGAUGCUACACAAAAAUUUUACUUUGCCGGGCGAUACAGUAUUCGUUGGGACACAUGGGCAUUGGCAAAUGAAUAUUUUAUGGAACCACCUAAGAAAAUUUCUCAAGCAGUUCGAAUCAAUCAACUCGGUUCAUCAUCAUUUAUAGUAAUUAAACAUGGUGAAGUUUUUGACUUACCUUAGUAACACCAAUAAUCAUAUAAAACUUGUUGUUCUUCAUUUAUUUUUUUAUGUCUUGGACUUUAAUCAUGAGGGUCAGAAAUCAAAAUCACCUAUAGUUUUGAAAAAGGCACAAGGAAAAGAUGAGAAAGGUGUGUGUAGAGUCCGAUUUCUGGGCUUCUCUUCAUAUACUUCAACACUCACCCCAAAUUUGUGGCUUAGCCAUUAUUCUGCGUGUGAAUAUGGGUAUAGCUAUAGAUAAAGUUCACCCAUGCACACUCCAAUCACACCGACUCCGCACUCAUACUCAAAUCCACACCAACACUCGCACCCUCUUCUGGUUUUUUUUAACUUCAUUAGAUCACAAUUCAAAAAUUAAAGAUUUUAUUUGAAUACAAAUAUCUCCUCCAUGUUAUAAUCAACUAUUCUGGUUGUUUUUUUACUCUAAGUAUGAAAUUUUUAAUAAAACACAUAUUUAAUUGAAUCAUUAAUAAAUGAAGAUUUUUUUCCAGAUUUUGAUGGUAAAAUACGAAAACAAAGAACUUCACAAACGAUUAGCUUACAACAUAAGUCUCCAUCUAGAGCAUGAAAACUUGACCAAUCUGGAUAUAAAGAUCGUCGUUAAUGAAUUAAAAACUAAUGAAGUUAGGGAACAUUGCUUGUUUUUUGUGAAACACGAUCUGAAAGGAGUGUUGAAAUAUAUAAAGUAGAAAUUUGCACCCUUCUUCCUCUCUUCUCUACAGACCAUGAUAGAUGCAACCUCUACAAGAAGCUGUUGAUAUAAGAUCAGAAGCCUUGCGUCAAUAACAUUUUAUUAUAAUAUAUGAACUAUUUCCUAGUUUCAGUUUUGAAGAGAUGAGCAAAUGAAUACUUUAGAAAUGCAUUUCAAAAUGGACAGAAUUAAAAAAUUUCCCUGUGAUUAGAAAAGGCAACUACAUCGUGAUUCACGUUUGAAUCCUGCAGACGUUGCGCUAACAGCCUUUUCUAUAUAGAUUCUUAAUUACAAUGGCAUAAAGAGUAAAAUUUUUCAAAGAUUAACAUUAAUGGUUUAUCACAUAUUUUUCUUCUUCUUUAGAAAAAUAACAUCAUAUAAUACUGAAAAGUGUUCCAAAAGUUUCGACCUCUCUAUGUAAACUAGCAUUAUCUAUAUGAAUAUAUGUUAUGGAUACUUAAAAGAAAAAAUACACAAUUUUGUAGAAAAAUAUUAAAGUUAUUAUGUAAAAGAAAAAUUCUAUGAAUCAUAUCAACAUUAUAAAUGUUUAUGGUCAUUUUAUAACUCAUGUCUAAGUAUCUUGUAUCUUAAUUGUUCUUAUAAAAAUAAAAUAUGCCUGUAAUAUCGGAAGUAAAUUAUUGUUUUCUAGAUAUUUGUAUAUACAAUUCGGAAGUGUCUGACAAGCUCUCCAUGACUAUGAUCAAAUAUUAUAAAAGUCAGCUACACUUUUAAUAACUUUAGUUGAUCACUUGUUCAUACAUCACGGAAAAAGGAUAUUUUCCGUUUUAAUAUGUAAUACUGUAUCUCACAAUAUCAAUUAACAAAUGAUUAAUUAAAUAUAUCGAAAAUUAAGCAUACGAUCUCAUGAAAGAUAUCUGAGACUUUUUUUUGAGUCUUUCUGAUUUCCUUCAAAUUUUGUAUUGAAGGUAGGAUGAGAACUAUUUUUGGUAUUCAUAUUCUUCCAGAGUUUCUCAAACUCUAUAAUACUGUAUAUAAAAACAUAUAGAAAUUAAUCCUCCAUUUGACUUUAAUCAAUUAAACUCUACCAGAUUACUUUUAUUUGGGUGUGUGGGUGUGGAUGUGGGUGGGUGUGGGUGUGGGUGUGGGUGUGUGUGGGUGUGUGGGUGUGGGUGUGAGUGUGAGUGGGUGUGGAUGAGAGUGUGGGUGUUUCUUCUCAUUCCCUUCAUCCACACCCACACCCACACCCACACCCACACCCACACCCACACCCACACCCACACCCA